CAAACCUCGAACCGAAGCGCAUUUAAAACAUUUUUCAUAUGGUUUGCUAGCCGUUGCACUAAGUACAACAAGUAACUGCACUCAACAAAUUUUUUAUUUUCAUCAAUACGAAAAAUUGAGUUUUGGGCGUAACUCGCCUAAAAAUGAAUCAAACUACAAUUACUCCUAUUUCCGGUUUGUCAUCAACGCAGCUCGAUAAUCCAACCAUAAGAGCUUGUGUUGGGUGGAAGUCUAAUAUAACACCCUGGCGUACUGGCGAUAAAGUUGGAACAAUCUUCCUCAUGAACUUGUUAGAUGAAUCUGGUGAAAUUACUGGCGUUGUGUUUGAUGAUCUAUGCAAUACGUUCUACGGCCAGAUUCGAGAAGGCAGCGUUUGCCUUUUUACCAAUUUUGAUGUGACGCUGGCGAACGAAAGGUAUAAAUUGUUGAAAAACCCCAUUCAGAUUUCGUUCAUUGAGGAGACCGUUGUACAACUGGAGGAGGAGCUUUGCAAUACGCCCUUCCCAAAAUAUAACUUCCUACCACUCUCCGAGGUUUAUAAAACACCUGAUGGGGAGCCAGUCGAUGCAAUUGGCAUCUGCAUCGAGGUGGCUGACGUUGAAGAACGAGGUGGUCAUAUAAUUCGAGAAAUUUGGCUUUUGGACGCUGACGAAGAGGGAGUCAUGUUAAACCUGUGGGAAAAUGAGGCCACAAGCUUUAGUGGUGAACCUGGGGAUGUGAUCGUGGUCAAAGGAGCACGAGUCAAGGAGCAUGACAAUCAAAAAAAACUGAACGCCGAUUGGUAUACUAUGGUGCAGAUUAAUCCUGAAACUCCAGACGCCAUUUCAAUGCUGGAAUGGUACGAAAAUAUGUAAUAUUUGAUAUGAAAUUCUUCAAUAUAAUAAUAUACAUAAUAGACAAUGUUUCUUAAAUAGUUGCUUGUAAAAUAUAUUAAUAUUACAUUUUGAGCCCGGUACCCUGUGCCUGUUUUAUAAUUUUCAUUUGAUUAAAUAAAAUUUAAUUGGAUCACUGAA